AAAAAAGCUCCCUCUCCUCUCCGACAAGAAAAGAGAAAGUGGCAGCAAAUCGAGUUCUCUUUCCGAUUCAGAUUCAUCUUCUCCUGUUGUAGCAGCUACGAGCAGACUGAGAGCGAGAGGGAAUGGUGACGUACGUGAGCGCGUUGUUCUACGGAGUAGGAGGGAUAGUCGUCGCCGGCGUGGGGCUGCUCGUUGCCUUCCAGGAGAAGCUCGUCUACGUCCCUGUUCUCCCCGGCUUAUCCAAGUCGUAUCCCAUCACUCCCGCCAGGCUCAAUCUCAUCUACGAGGACGUCUGGCUUCGAUCCUCCGAUGGCGUGCGCCUCCACUCUUGGUUCAUCAAAGUGUUCCCCGAUUGUCGAGGUCCAACCAUUCUAUUUUUCCAGGAGAAUGCUGGAAAUAUUGCACAUCGUCUAGAGAUGGUUCGCAUCAUGAUACAGAAAUUGAAGUGUAAUGUAUUCAUGCUUUCAUAUCGUGGCUAUGGGGAAAGUGAGGGUUAUCCGUCACAGCAUGGAAUCAUAAAAGAUGCUCAGGCUGCGUUGGAUCACCUUUCUCAAAGGGCAGACAUUGAUACUUCUAGAAUAGUUGUAUUUGGAAGGUCCCUUGGAGGAGCUGUUGGAGCUGUGCUUACCAAAAAUAAUCCCGAAAAGGUAUCUGCGUUGAUUCUGGAAAAUACAUUCACAUCCAUUCUUGAUAUGGCUGGUGUUUUGCUGCCCUUCUUGAAGUGGUUUAUUGGAGGAAGUGGUACUAAAAGCCUGAAACUUCUUAAUUUUGUUGUCCGCUCCCCCUGGAAGACAAUUGAUGCUAUUGGUGAGGUCAAACAACCUGUACUUUUCCUCUCUGGACUGAAAGAUGAGAUGGUCCCUCCGUUUCACAUGAAAAUGCUGUAUGCGAAAGCGGCUACCCGUAACUCGCAAUGCACCUUUGUGGAAUUUCCAAGCGGGAUGCAUAUGGAUACAUGGCUGACUGGUGGUGACGUCUACUGGAGAACGGUCAUGCAGUUCCUUGCAAAGCAUGCGCCUGAGGAGAGGAAAGCCGAUACAGGCUUGAGACAUUGGUCUCUGAUCUGACAGGAACGUAACUAGCUGACGAAGCUGUGUGUUUAGAGGAAGUUUCAACUCAGUUGGCUCCUACUGCAACCUGAAACAUUAGUAUCUUUAUAAGCAUAUGUGUGUGUGUGUGGGUAUGUUGCAUUAUGGGAGUGGCAGAUACAAUUUGUACUGAGAGUAAGAUGCUGGAUAAGGGAGCCUGUGGGAGAUGGCAAAUGUACGUUAAUCAUAUGCAUUUUUGCGUUGUUUCAGUUUUGCUUUCGUCUGUUUUUUUGGGGGUUUUUUUUAGUCAAUUUUUUUGGUUAUUUAACGGUUGGUUGGUGGCUUCUCUUAUGAUACUAACCCUUCCCUCUAAAGGAUAAUUGCACUGUAGAUGAUUGAGAAAGUGGAAAGACACUGGUUAUAUGAUUAAAAUCUCGAAUUUGUUGUUUAA